AUGAAGGCGAGAUAUUGUUUGAUUCCAAUUCCAAUAGUUAGAAGAGUUUCGAAGACCACUUCUCCUCUUGCAGUCAAGCUGCAUGCCGAUAAUCAGCAGGUUGUGAUUGGCAAUGGCAUAGUUUCCCUCAAUUUGUCAAAUCCCGAAGGCUAUAUCAUUGGACUGUACAAUUCUGGAAGUGACAAUAUACUUGCGCAAAAAAAUGAGGAAAUUGAUAGAGGGUACUUGGAUGUUGUUUGGAACGACGCAGGAAAACCUGGGGUGUUUGAGAGAAUCCAUGGGACAAAUUACUCAGUCAUUGAAGCAAACGAUGACAUAGUGGAGGUUUCAUUUGUAAAAACAUGGAAAACCUCCAUGAAAGGCUCAAGUGUCCCCAUAAUCAUAGACCAAAGGUAUAUAUUGCGAAGAGGUGAUUCUGGGUUUUAUUCGUACGCAAUAUUUACUCGUCCACCAGGAUUACCUGCAGUGGUUGUUUAUCAGAUUAGGAUUGUUUACAAACUCGACGAUGCCAGGUUCCACUAUAUGGCCAUAUCCGAUACUAGGCAAAGGAAAAUGCCAACUAUGGAAGAUAGAACUACGGGUCAACCACUGGCGUAUCCUGAAGCUGUUCUCUUAACCCAUGCUUCUGAUCCAGAUAUUCGAGGAGAGGUUGAUGACAAAUACCAAUACUCGUGUGACAACAAAGAUAACUCUCUACAUGGGUGGAUUACGAAGGAUGAUUCAGCACCUGUGGGUUUCUGGGUGAUAACUCCCAGUAAUGAGUUCCGCAAUGGUGGUCCCACUAAGCAAGACCUCACUUCUCAUGUUGGACCAACUUCUCUUUCCAUGUUUACUAGCACUCAUUAUGGUGGCAAGAAGGUAAUCAUUUCAUUUGAUGAAGGGGAGACUUACAAAAAGGUUUUUGGACCAAUUUUUGUUUACCUUAACUCUGCUCCAAGCCAAACUCAGUUUAAGUCUCUGUGGUCAGAUGCUGUAGAAAAGUUAUCCACUGAAGUAGGAAAAUGGCCAUAUGAUUUCAUUGGAUCAAAAGAUUUCAUUCCACCCAAUCAACGGGGAGCAGUUUCAGGACAACUUCAAGUCCAAGAUAGGGGAGGGAAAGCUCAACCAGCUAGCAAUUCUUACAUUGGUCUAGCUUUACCUGGAAAUGCAGGAUCAUGGCAAGAAGAAAGCAAGGGUUAUCAAUUCUGGACUCAAACUGAAAAAGAUGGAAGCUUCUCAAUCAAAAAUAUUGUGCCUGGGGAUUACAACCUGUAUUCAUGGGUUCCUGGUUUUAUAGGGGAUUAUAAAUAUAAAACUACUAUUACCAUCAAACCAGGAGGCCACAUCAACUUGGGUUCCCUUGUAUACAAUCCACCAAGAAAUGGUCCUACUGUAUGGGAAAUUGGGAUCCCAGAUAGGUCAGCUGCAGAGUUCUAUGUACCAGACCCUUACUCAAACCUUGUGAACAGAUUAUACCUAAACGAUAGCAAAAACGGGUUUAGGCAAUACGGCUUGUGGGCGCGUUACACUGAGUUAUAUCCAAAAAAUGAUCUCAUUUACACAGUCGGUGUUUCUGACUAUCGUAAAGAUUGGUUUUAUGCUCAAGUUACCAGGAGCACAGCAACCAGCUCAUUGCCAACGACAUGGCAGAUUCGAUUCCAGCUUCAAAAUGUCAUAACGGGAAACUACACACUACAAUUGGCCAUGGCAUCCGCCACUAAUUCUAAAUUGGAGAUUACGUUCAACAACCCGAAAGCAACGGCUUACGAAUUGUCAACAGAGCUAAUUGGCGAUGACAAUACCAUUGCAAGGCACGGCAUCCAUGGAUUGUAUAAGUUAUAUGCUGUAGUUGUAGAUAGUAAUCAUUUGGUGAAAGGAAAGAACAUCAUCUAUUUGACACAAUCAGUUGCUAAAACUCUUUUCGAAGGAAUUAUGUAUGAUUAUAUCCGCUUAGAGAGUCCUCCAACGACUAAACAUACUUGA